AUGGAAGAGAAGCCCAAUCAGGGGUUAAGUACCCCCCCUGUGGAAGGCCCCCGUGCAGGGCAAAAAGUGCAGGAAGAUGCUGCCGAGGGACAGACAGAUAAGAGAGCGGAAGAGACAGGUGAUGUCCCCCCAGGAAGUAACGAACGCCACGUAACGGGUAAGAAGGAGAACGUAGAUGAGGUCUUCAAAAAUGUGGAGGAGAAAAUAGAAAAAGAUAUGACCUUCAUUGAUGAUGCGUCGAAGGCCAUUAUGUCGUUAAGUGGGGUGCAUCAGUUGUGUCAAUCGGAGCAGGCAGAACAGGGAGUCAAGGCGGGGGGAAAGAUCCCCACUGUUGGGAAGAAUAACCUACACCAUGGGGGCAAUGAUAAUUGUGCCGCGAGCACCGCAGAUGCAGAGGGUAGUGACAAGAGCAGAAAGAAUAUUAUAAAAAAUAAGGUUGAAGUGACACAUCCAGGGGGAACAAUCAACACGGGGAAGGACCCCCUGCAGAGGGAGGUCAUGAUCAACCCUGAUGAGUGCGAAGACGCCGAUAGCAACUGCGACGUGGAUACGUGGUCCAACGUGAGUUACCUUUCCGUGGAUGAGGACAGUCUAUACAACGAAGUGGUCGAGGUGUAUGCAUCCGUGCCGAAGCAGGAGCAGGCAAAGUGCAAGAGGGAGGAAAUGAGGCGGCAGAUGCUAAAGUCCGAUGAGGAGGCUGAACGGCAGGCACAGCAGGCACGUCAGCUACCAGGGCAACCUCCUCCGGUGGUGGCGUCACCGCCCCAAACCACGCAGAAUGAUACAUCGCAGGAAGACCUAUCCAAGCAGCUGUCCCUAAACGCAAUAGAUAAGUCAUUCAUACAGAUCCCGUUGAAGUGUAUCCUGAACUCUUUCCGAAAUAUUCAGAAGGAGCUAGAGAAAAAUUUCACCAUCAUCACGCUGUUCAUAGAGAAGAAGCUACUCAACCUAACGGACGAGAUUUACCUGAAUAAGCUAAAUACGAUUAUCGAGAAAAUGGAAUCAUUACGGAGCAAAGUGAUGGAAUCAAAGUUACUUUUGGAGAAAUAUGUGAACCGUUUGGCUAGUCGAUUGAAGUACAUUUAUUUCGAAGGAGAUAUCCAGUUGGAAAAUUUGAAGCAUGAUUUUCGCUUCGAAAUGUAUGAGAGUAGAAUUAAUUGGCUAGUCGAUGGGUUCUUAUCCAGAUACGGGUUCUUUGACACUGUUCAAAUAUUUUCAAAAAGAUACAAAUUGGAAAAUUACUCAGAUGCAGAUGUGUAUAAGGAAUAUCUAGACAUAAUAAAUGAGCUAAAAAAUUACAACAUCAAGCCGGCACUAGAGUGGUGUCAAAAGUAUAAGUCUCAGUUAAAAAAAAUAGAUUCAAAUGUAGAAGCAGAGCUCCAUCUACAAUUUGUUAUUAGUGUAAUUUCGGAGAACAAAUUUUUUGAAGCCAUUGAGUAUAUAAAAAAAACAGUGUCCAAACCGGAUGAGCAGAUUUCCCCAGAUGUGAAGUUCCUCGUGACGUAUAUUGGGUUGUACGGAUCGAAUGAGAAGGGACAUUCCACGGAUGCGUUGAAACGAUUCAACCGGAGGAGGUGGGGUAAAGUUAUAAAAUCCUUCCAACAGGUCUAUUCAGAAAUAACGGGUGUCCAAAAUAAACCUCUGCUGGAACUGCUACUGAAGGCUGGCAUUUCAGUCGUCAAGACAGACCAGUGUGGAAAGAACAAGUCCACAAAAUGCCCCACGUGCAUCAAUGAGCUUAGACACACCAUUAAGGAGGUUCCACAUAUACAGAAGACCAAGAGCUUCCUCGUUUGUCCCUACACUAGUGAAGUAAUGGAUGAGAAGAAUCCUCCCUUUACUACCCCUGCGGGUCGCGUCUUUUCUGAAAAGGCCAUCUCCCUUUUUGUUAAAUCGGAAGACCUGUUCGAGUGCCCCGUCACUGGGGAGAAGUAUCGAAUGCAGGAGCUGUCUCGAUUGUUCAUUUGA